CAGGGGAGGGGAGUGCCGGGUGGGGAGCUGGGAGCAGGGCUGGUACCCGCCCGGCAUCGCCCACCGCCACCACCGGGUCCCAUGGGGCCACCCCACGGCACCGCCGACAGCGCCCGGCCCCGGCCCUGAGCGCGGCAUGGACGGCCCCGACAUCUUCCUGGGCCCCUGUGAAGGAGCCCUCUGCGGGGUCCCGGGCCAGAAGCGUCGCUGCAUGUCGGCCCUGGAGCCUGUCACUUUGCCCAGCCCCAGAUCCGAGGCCAGCUGGGAAGAGGAGGAGGAGGAAGACGAGGAUGAAGACCGGUUCCGGGGGGUGCCGCUGCGGCGAGCGUGUGCCCUGCGGACCUCAAUGCGCAGCCGGGACCCGUUCCGCCGGCACAGCUGGGAGCCGGGCAAGGAGCUACGCGGGGUCCCCGGCUACGACCAGCUCAGUGUGAGCCUCAAAGGGCUGAGCCCCGACGACAUCGACUCCAGCACGGAGCAACUGGACGGGCUGGGGAGGCGCCGGCGGGACCCCCGGCGAGCCCCCCUCGUCCACAGCACCGAGUCCCUGCUAUCCCUGGAUGAGGAGGAUGAGGCCGAUCUGCAGCGGGCGCAGGAGGACGCGCGGAGGCUGCAGGUGUACCGGGCCAGGAGCGCUGGCGGCUGCGCCCUCGCCAAAUCCGCAUCCCUCGGCGUCAUCGACAGCUUCCCCGCGGCAGUGGAAAUUUCCCCCUUCACCUCCCAGCAGAGCCUGGCCAAUGGCUUCGGCGCCGGGAGCUGCGGGCAGCUGGCGGCCUCGGGCGAGCCGGGGAGCCGGGAAGAGAGCCCCCUGGGCCGAACCCUCAGCUUCAUCAGGAGGAUGACGGGGAAGACGAAGAACAAGGAGAAGGAGAAGAUGAAGGAGGGCAAGGAGAAGGACGCGCGCUACACCAACGGCCACCUCUUCACCACCAUCACCGUCUCGGGGAUGACCAUGUGCUUCGCCUGCAACAAGAGCAUCACGGCCAAGGAGGCUCUCAUCUGCCCCACUUGCAACGUCACCAUCCACAACCGCUGCAAGGACACGCUGCCCAACUGCACCAAGGUCAAGCAGAAGCAACAGAAAGCGGCGCUGCUGAAGAACAGCUCGGCGCUGCAGUCGGUCUCGCUGCGCAACAAGACUGCCAUCCGGGAGCGCCCCAACUCGGCCAUCUACCCCUCGGAGAGCUUCCGCCAGACGCUGCUGGGCCCCCGCCGCGGCCGCCCGUCGCUCUCCCUCUCCAAAAGCGUCUCCACCACCAACAUCGCGGGGACGUUGAACGAUGAGUCUCCGCUGGGGAUACGGCGCAUCCUGUCCCAGUCCACCGACUCCCUCAACAUGCGCAACCGCACGCUGUCCGUGGAGUCGCUCAUCGACGAAGGCCCCGAUGUGAUCCUCAACCAGCUGCUGAGCGACUUCGAGACGGACGAGAAGGAUUUUGAGGCGGACUCGUGGAGCCUGGCCGUGGACAACAGCUUCCUGCAGCAGCACAAGAUGGACGUGAUGAAGCGCCAGGACGUCAUCUACGAGCUGAUCCAGACGGAGAUCCACCACGUGCGCACGCUGAAGAUCAUGGGCAGCGUGUUCCGCAGGGCCAUGCUGGAGGAGCUGCAGCUGGACCCGGGCACGGUGCAGAAAAUCUUCCCCUGCGUGGACGAGCUCAGCCAGAUCCACGAGCGCUUCCUGGCGCAGCUCCUGGAGCGCCGCCGCGACUCGCUGGCCCAGGACAGCAACAAGAACUUCGUCAUCAACCGCCUUGGGGACAUCCUCGUGGGCCAGUUCUCGGGCAGCAGCGCGGAGCAGCUGAAGAAAGCCUACUCGGAGUUCUGCAGCAGGCACACCAAGGCGGUGAAGGAGUACAAGGACCUGCUCGCCCGCGACAAGCGCUUCCAGCACUUCGUCCGGAGGAUGGCACGGUCCCCGCUGCUCCGGCGCCACGGGGUGCCCGAGUGCAUCCUGCUGGUCACGCAGAGGAUCACCAAGUACCCGGUGCUCAUCGAGCGCAUCCUGAAAAACUCCAAAGACAACGAGAGUGACUCCGCGGACCUGUCCCGAGCGCUGACGCUGGUGAAGGAGCUGAUCUCGGCCGUCAACGAGGAGGUGCACGCCUGCGAGAUGAACGCGCGGCUCUGGGACGUGUACCGGCGCGUGGACGGGCGUGCCAAGGCGCCGCUGCAGUGGGAGAGCCGCGCCGGCCUCUUCGGCAGGGACGAGCUGCUGCGGCGCAAGCUGGUGCACAGCGGCUGCAUGCUCUGGAAGACGGCGGCCGGGCGCUUCAAAGACGUCCUCGUGCUGCUGAUGACGGACGUCCUCAUUUUCCUGCAAGAGAAGGACCAGAAGUACACCUUCCCCAUGCUGGACAAGCCGGCUGUCAUCUCGCUGCAAAACCUGAUCGUGCGGGACAUCGCCAACCAGGAGAAGGGCAUGUUCCUGAUCAGCGCCGCGCCGCCCGAGAUGUACGAGGUGCACGCCGCCUCCCGCGACGACCGCAACAACUGGAUGAAGCUCAUCCAGCAGGCGGUCAGCCUCUGCCCCAGCCGCCAGGACUUCCCGCUGAUUGAGACGGAGAUCGAGGCGUCCCUGCGCAAGCUGAAAGACCGCAUCCUGCAGCACGACCGGAAGAUCGCGGCGCUGCUGGAGGAGAAGGUCGGGCUCUUCGCCGACAUGCUGGCGCUGACGAGCGGCUGCGAGGAGCCCUCGCCCACCCUGGCCCCGCGCACCCUCUUCCGCUCCGACUCGAGCGAGGGCUCGCGGGGCGAGCGCCUGAUGCACGACGCCAUCCGGGAAGUGGAGUGCCUGAAGGAGAUGUUGGCGGGCGCCGGGCGCGAGCGGGACCAGAACCACCUCGCUGAGGCCGAGAGCUGCCCCAGCCCCGGCGCGAGCAGUAAGCGGGGGGCAGCCCGGGAGUGGGGAAGGGGGGGCUGCUCCAACCCCGGGACCCCCCCCAUCCUCACCCCCCUCUCUGUCCCCGCAGACGGUGACGCCGGCAGCUUCAACGGCGCCCCGGAGUUCUGCAGGGCGGACUCGGACGCCGGGCAGCGGGACGGGAACGGCAACCAGCUCCUGCAGCGGGCACCCCAGGAGGAGGUGAACCAGCGGCUCAUGAACCUCUACGCCCUGCUGCACGGCCUCCAGGCGGUAGUGAGCCAGCAGGACACGCUGCUGGAGCUGCGGCUGCAGGAGGGCGUUGAGCGGCGCGAGAAGCCAGCAGCGGCACCGGCGGCGACCGAAACGGCUCGGCCGGGCGAGAGACCCAGCUCGGAGCUGGCGCUGCUGCAACGGCAGCACGCCCUGCUGCAGGAGGAGCUGGCCCGCUGCCGGCAGCUCUGCCACGAGCGGGCGCAGGAGGUGGCGGGGCUGGAGGGGCGGCUGCGGGGCAGCGAGCAGGAGCGCGCGCGGCUGGAGCGCGAGCGGGACGAGGCGCAGCGGCAGCUGGCGGCGCUGCGCCAGGAGGGGGGCGGCGCGCGGGGACGCCGCGGCACCGACCCGCGCCGCAGGAGCUUGCCGGCGGGAGACGCGCUCUAUCUCAGCUUCACCCCCCCGCAGCACCUGAGCCACGGCAGCAGCCCCCCCGGCCUCUCCUUCCAGCACCACCACGCUUUUGCCACGUGCCCCCGGGACGAGCUGGAUUACCGGGGCGAGCCCCCCCGGCUGCGGGAGGGCGAGGACGCGCUGGAGGCGCUGCUGGAGGACGAGGGCUUGGGCAGCCGCCGCUCGCCCCCCCGCCAGCCCCCGAGAUUUCCUGAGGAUGCAAGACAUUCCCGAGGAGGUGGAGAGCAGCCAGGAGCUGAAGGAGGGUGACGGGGGCUCCUCGGACAGUUAGGGACCAGCUCCUGGCCCCCUGCCCCCCCCCCCAGACCCCCCCAGAGCAGCCCCCCAAGGAGACGCGGGGGGCAGCAUCCAGCUACUGGGGGGGGUGGAGGGAGGCUGGGGGGGGGGCAGCGGGUCCAGGCCUCCCCCUUUGGGGAGCUGCUCAUCCCACAGGAGCCUUAUGGGUCAACGGGGUUUGGGGUCGUCCCCCCCACCCCAUCCUGCAAGCUGGGGGGUGGGGGGGGGGGCAGUGGUUUGGGGCUGAUAUCCCCCCCCCCCCCCCCGAUUAAUUUAUUUAUUUUGUCUUAUUGGGGUGGGAGGAGGCAGCUGGGGGGGGGGCAGGGGGGCAGGGUUGGGGCUGGGGGCUGCAAACUGGCCCCCAGUGCCCCCCCCUCCCCGCCCAGUAGGGCCAGCAAUUCCCAAAUGACCCCGUGUUGGGGAGUGGGGGGGGUCCCAGUACGUCCCAGUGCGUCCCAGUGCGGGGCAGGAUCCAUCCCCACUGUGAGCAGCACUGGGAUGGCCGUGACGUCCCCGGGGGGGGGCGAGCCUGAGCCACCCCCUGCCCCAAAACUCUGGGUUUGGGGUCGGUCGGGGGGUGGGGGGGCACCACAGAAACCCCCCUGGGGUGGGAGCGGCCCCGCCAGAAGCGGCUGCAAUCUGUCGUCGUCCUCCCUCGGCGUAACUGAAAAAAAAAAUGAAAAAAAAAUAGAAAAAAGGAAAAUAAUUAAAAAAAAAUUAAAAUAAAAA